AAAGCCACAUACAUUUUCCAAGCAGAGUCCGAUGGACUACCAUGCAUUAGCGCACGAGGUUGAGCAGGCGCUCGCCGGAAGACCAGCCACAAAUCCAGAGAGCAAUCAACGCAGCUUCAUUCCAUACGCUGUGGACGCUGGCGACGCUGGCGAUGUGGGCACCGAGAGCGAUGAUGCUGCGGACGAGGACUGGAUUGGCGACUCGAGCGUCGAUAGCCAGGCGCUCGUGCACGCGCUUGCCCUGUCUGAGGACGAUGACCAAGAGUACACCAGUGCUGCUCGUCACUCCACUGGGGCGGGGCGCGAACAAGGACGAGCACCAGGCAAUCUGAACGAACUGAACAAUCUGAGCAAUCCGGGCAAUCUGAGCAAUCCGGGCAGUCUGAGCAAUUUGCACAAUCGCAACGAGAUGCACGCCAGUCCUACUCUCGAAUCGCAGCUGACAAACUCGCACGGACGACAAGACAACCCAGACGACGCCCAUUCAACCGGAAACGGCGCAUUCUCACAGAAUGCGCACCCCGAAUCCGAUUCAAUACGUCAAGCAACCAAUACACAGUGUCAUGACAAGGUGCAUGUCCCCUUCAAUCCCGAGCAGAUACUGUUGACGGCGGACACGUCGCUAUUCGACUUGCCGGCGCUCGACGGUUGGGAAGCCUACCCAGAUCUUCACGAAGGCGACAUGUUCUCCCUGGGCGACGAGACCGAGCUGGUACCUGGCGAACGAGAUCCCGACUCGAAUCGACACGUCGAGCACCUUGCUGAAGCGGAACUUUCAUCGGCGGCGUCCUUGUCUCUCCACCAAUCUUCCUCCGCCCAGCAACAACAACAACAACCACAACAACAAAAUCAACAGCCUCUGAAUUCGUCCGCCAGCGCACCUCAGCCUAAACUAGCACUCUCCAUCGAAGAGAUGGAGCGCCGCCUUGAGGCCAAGAUUGCCGAGGCAGAUCGAUUACAGGCAGAGUCUGAAUCUUGGAAAUCGCUCUGUGAAACAGCCGAAUUUCAGCUGGAGGAGCUUCGCGCCGAAAUGCUCCACAACGCGGCCGCGAUAGACCAGGGUGCACUGUCGCUUUCUCAGGUGACCAGGAACCUGGCGGAUGACGAUGCAAGCGAGUCACACCAGGUCGACCUUUCACAACAGCUCGAGGCCUCCCAAGCAGAGUGCGACGAGCUGCGACAACGUUUGACCUUGCUGGAGCAGCAGGUCGAACAAACCAACCAGCAGGCUGCAAGCGCUCUCGUCGCGGCACGCGAUCAACUCUUGCUGCAGCAUCAAGCAGCGCUGAAAGAGCAGGCACGAUCCCACAAGCAGAAAAUCGCAGACAUUAAACAAAAGGCCAUGGCCUACCACGACAAGUUUACGGUUGAUUUGUAUCAGCACGUCUAUCGACACUUUGUUGAGCACUUGUCCAAUGGAGUCGACAUCAAAUUGCUCGCCCAGCUGCCAUCUUCCUCGUCGACCCCGACUCCAGUCGCUCUUCCAAGGCAGCCAGCAGUGGUCGAGCAACAGCCUUCAUUGCAACUCGCCGCCUCGCGAGAAGACGUGCUGCAGUCACAAACAACCUCAGGCUCCAGAUCUGCCAAACUGACCGUAACAUCGACCUCGUCGCACAACGCUGCACGUGCGCAACCACCUGCACAGAGCAACUCCCCUCGAGUGCCCGGAUCCACAGGCAUUCACUCGGCACCACUCGGAGGCACCUCGCAGACUUUUCGACAAACGCACUUUGUAGCCCGUCCAGCGCCUCCUUCGACGUAUUCGCCCCCAGCCGCCAGACCUGCACCAUCACAACACCAACAAUCACGCAUUUCUGCGAGCAGUGGUGGUGGGCGCCAUUUAUGAAUUGGUUGAUUCAAUAAACAUUUCUCACGUCGCGCAGUUGCACCGGCAGC